UGGGGGCGUGUGAACACCGAAGGGCAGGGAUUUUGGCGAAAUGAAAGUGGAAGCAAAGAGCCUGCCGGUUCUACAUCAGAAGUGUAUUUCAGGUCCGGCUUAGAGGAGACUAAAGCCCAUCAGAAGGUACAAGCAAGAGUUCUGUCGCUGUGGACACUGCCACUUUGUGCCCAGCUCUGAAGCCUCAACUCUUGCCAGCCGGACCCCAGGCCCAUGUCAGUGACCCAUGAUGCCGCUCUCCAUGCCCUUCGGGAGGAGCAGGCCAGACUAAAGAGGAGGCUGCAGCAGCUGCAGCAGUGGAGGAGGGAAUUUGGGGACUUCCCUCACCACGACCAGGUCCCAUUCCCGGUGCCCUUGGUCCCCCUGGUGUUCCGAGGACACACUCAGCAGGGCACAGAAGGGUCCAAGCCUUUGGUUUCCAAACUACGGAUCUGCUACCCUCUGCCUGGAGGCUCUGCUCUGGUCACCUUCGACGAUCCCAAGGUGGCCGAGAGGGUGCUGCAACAAAAGGAGCAUAAGAUCGACAUCGAUGAGUGCCGGCUGCGGGUGCAAGUCCAGUCCUUGGAGCUGCCCGUGGUGACCACCAUCCAGGUGUCCACACAGAUAAGCAGGAGGAGUGUGCUGGUCAGUGGGUUUCCUGCAGGGCUCAGGCUGAGUGAGGAGGAGCUGCUGGACAAGCUGGAGAUCUUCUUUGGCAAGUCCAGGAAUGGGGGUGGCGAUGUGGAGAGUCGGAAGCUGCUGCAAAGUGGUGUCGUGCUGAGUUUCACUAAGGAUGCAGUGGCCCAGCACCUGUGCCAGGCUGGCCAGUUUACAGUGCCACUGGGCACGAAAAGCUUCCCUUUGAGAAUCUCUCCCUUCCUAAGUGGGGAGAUCCAGAAGGCUGAGGAAACUUGAUGUGAGCACAGAAGGAGGAACCCUCACCUUCCAGGAGCCCACCUUCCCCUCCACUCUCGGAAGCAACAUCCAGGACCCAGGGUUUGGCUUUUUAUUGACACAACACAAAGGCAGCUUCGGUAACAGUAACAGGGUGGGGUACACAAAAGCAGAAAUCGCCCUUCACACAUUUAGGCCUCAUUUAGACACUGAAGAGGCUGAGCCCCUCCCCCCACCUCCCAUUGGCAAUAGCUGGGCAGUAACCCUCCCUAAUUCCAUAUCAGAGAGCAGAGGGAGUUGUACCCCUGCGCUAGGAAGUCCCCACUUUGGUUCCGGUGGCCCAGGUCCUAACCACCCCCCUCCUUAUUCCCCUGUUCCAUCUCCCCACCCAUGUAAACAAAGUUUGGGGCUGAGUUUGAAAAGCUGCCCUCCUGCUCUGAGAAGGCAGUGGGCCUCCCUUGACUACACAAGAAAUGUGCUUCGAUUUUUACUUUGGUCCCAGAACAAGAAACAGAUGGCAUUGCCUCUCAGAGCUCUGGCUGAUAAAUGCCACACUUAUCUGCAAGGCUGAGAACGCCACCCUGCCUUUUUCUCCUCAACCACCCAGAGAGAAAUGACAGCCCCAGAGACGGGACACGGCACAGACCCCAGGAGGCUGGGGGCUGCCCCCUGCCCCCACUGGCACACACACAGAUUUUUGGCAGUGUUGUGGGACAGCAAAAGCCCACCUCCACCAGAACGAGGAAGGCACUGGGGAGUUCAGGGGUGGAGGAGGAGGUGUGAGACAGGGACCCCCCACCCACCCACACACGCAAGCACAGGUUUUCCGUUGCUAAGGCACUGAGAACAAAUCCACUAGAACUCAGUGAAGGAUGGGGAGGAGGGGGGGCUCUGUGUCCCUCCCACAGAGUCGUGACCUAGGGAAGCAGGUCAGAUUCCCACCCUUGUUGUAAGAGGCAACCUUGGUUAAGAGUGGCAGAAAACCUGGAGGUGGAAGAAACCCAGCUGUGCUCAAGGAGACGGGGACCAGAGGACAAGGCCAUGCAACGAGGCAACAGAGUUCAGAGGUGGGCGCCAGUUGGCCUGGGCUGAAGGGACAGGAGGGCGAGACAGGGACAUGCUGGAUUCACACAAAUUGGCCCCAUAUCCUGAGCUGACAUUUUGAUUCUUUGGGGAGGGGAGUGUGGGGCAGGGGCAGGAGGGGAGAUGAGGCAGAGGUGGAAGCACACAGAACUGGACGGAAAAGGACUGGCUAACCUUGGCACAAAAGCAGCACAGCAGGCCCAGGGAAAGGGUGGGGGCAGGAAGCAGCCGGCCUCCCUCUGACCCUCCCUGUCCCCUUGGCAGGGCCCAGACAUCCAAGUGGUCACUUCCCAACCUCUUUGGAGGGCAGGAAGGGGGGAGGGGGCCCUGCCUAAGGAGAAAGAACAGGGCAGGGGAGAGGUCAUCACCACGGAGACCUUCGGGGGCGAGUGGGCAGAGCAUUAUGAGGAGGAUGAAAUGUAAGAGAGUCUGGUGACCAACACAACGUGGCUCCCUAGCUUCUCUCUUCCCAGGUCCCGAGGGUCUGCCAGCCCGGCCCUAGUUCUCCUUCUCUGGUCCAGGCACCAGGAGGACUUUGCCCACAUUCUUCUUCUCCUGCAUCUGCCUCAUGGCAUCCGCCACCUGGAGAGGAAGACAAGACCCGGUGCCAUCCGGCCCCUCUAGAGAGCCAGCCUAAAGGGGUCAGCCCUCCUCUUCCCAGGAAUCCUACCCCUGGGAGCCUAGCCUGCAGGGGCCCUCCUCCGGCCCUCCCUGCACAGCCAUCACACUCACCUUCUCAAAGGGCCACACGGAGUCAAUGUGGGGUUUGAUGCGGCCCUGGUUGUACAGAGCCAGGAGGCGGGCCACCACACCACUGACUAGCUCCACCUCACCCUCCAGGUAGCCCAAGUGGAAGCCACACACAGCGCGGUUGGUCGGCAGCAGCUGCAGCGCAGUCACACUGAACUGGUUCCACCAUGUGCGCGCCAGGGCCAUCAGGUUCCGCUUGGGGCCCGUCAGCAGGUUGGCCAUUCCUGAGGGAUGAGGAGACGCCGCCCAUGAAUCCAGGUGCUGGGCACAUCCCUGUCCAAAUCCAUGCUCAUCCACCCCCUCUGGGCCUCUUACAAUCAUCCACAGCAGUGCCAGGGAGUGACAGGAUAAUCCCCCACCUGCUGGCUGCCAGGCCCAAAUGGACUCCAGCUGACUCAAAAAUUGCCUGAAUCUUUAUUCACUUGUUGA